AUGACGGGAAAAGGAGCGAAAGGUCUGAUAAUGGGGAAACCCAGCGGCAACGAGAAGGACAAGGACAAGAAGAAACCAACUACUCGCUCUUCUCGUGCUGGUCUCCAGUUUCCAGUGGGAAGAGUCCAUAGACUUUUGAAAGGAAGGUCAACUGCUCAUGGACGCGUUGGUGCAACCGCUGCGGUUUACACAGCCGCCAUUUUGGAGUAUCUAACCGCAGAAGUCUUGGAGCUGGCUGGUAACGCGAGCAAGGAUCUGAAAGUGAAGCGUAUCACACCGAGGCAUUUGCAGCUAGCUAUCCGUGGUGACGAGGAGCUCGAUACUCUCAUCAAAGGAACUAUUGCUGGUGGUGGAGUCAUUCCACAUAUUCACAAGUCUCUCAUCAACAAAUCUGGCAAAGAGUAG